AUGUCUCCGGAUUAUGAGGGCCUAGGCCUCGUUCCAGGUGCUGGUGCAGGUGCAGGUGCAGGUGCAGGUGCAGGUGCAGGUGCAGGUGCAGGUGCAGGUACGCUUAACCAGGGCAGGUACACAUUCCCAUUGGAUAAAAGGCAUGUGAAGGCUAACAAAACAUUUGUUCCUUGA